AUGUCCAAACCAAAGUUUGUUGUGUUUGACCUGGAUUAUACUCUUUGGCCCUUCUGGGUGAAUAGAUAUGUGGACCCACAAUUUCACAAAGACAAAGAGGGAGUGGUGUUGAAUGCAAGGAGGGAGAAAAUCCAACUGUUCCCCGAAACAGUGGACAUAUUGACUUCUCUACAUGGCCAAGGGAUCCAGAUUGGAGUGGCAUCACGCACAGAUGAGGUAGAUGGAGCCAAUCAGCUGUUGUCCCUCUUCAAUCUCAACCAAUAUAUAUCCUUCAAGGAAAUAUACCCGGGGUCAAAGGUCCCUCACUUCAAAAAGCUCUAGGCAGACAGUGGAUUCAAAUUCAGUGAGAUGAUGUUCUUUGAUGACGAACACAGGAACAUCACAGCAGUCAGUCGACUAGGUGUCCACUGUGUUCUGGUCCCUGAAGGAGUGACUAUGAAAUUAGUCAAUGAAGCGCUUCUGCAGUUCUCCCAAGGUGCAAAAUGA